CGCAGUGCGUGUCAGUCCGGUGUAAACAUGGCUGCCGUCGGCUUCAGAAAAUGGGCCCAGGCGAUCACAAAAACCAAAGGAUCCGGUCUGAGCGCGGUUCUGUCGGGAUGCAGAGCGGCCUCUGGGCCGGCAAAGGGCGCACUCCCGGGUCCGUACCCCCAGACCCCAGAGGAGAGAGCCGCGGCUGCCAAGAAAUACAACAUGAGAGUGGAGGACUACGAGCCGUAUCCGAACAAGGGCGAGGGUUAUGGUGAUUAUCCGAUGCUGCCGGACAGAUCUCAGCACGAGAGAGACCCGUGGUAUCAGUGGGACCAUCCGGACCUGAGGAGGAACUGGGGAGAACCGAUGCACUGGCACUUUGACAUGUACAUCCGUAACCGCGUGGACACGUCUCCCACCGUCGUGCCCUGGGCGUCCAUGUGCAGGCAGCUCUUCGGCUUCAUCGGGUUCAUGCUCUUCAUGUUCUACGUGGGGCAGAAGUUCCCGUCGUAUCAGCCUGUGGGCCCUAAACAGUUCCCGUACAAUGACCUGUACCUGGAGAAAGGAGGAGACCCCGAGAAGGAGCCAGAGGAGGCGAAAAACUACGAGAUCUGAGCGUUUCACUCCCGUCUCGUCUGUACAUAUUUGUGUUCAAUAAAUCCUUAUGUGACAAUACAUCAUUUUCUGUGUUUUUGGAAAGAUUUGACCUUGGGAUUGUCGGCGUUUUUAAGUCUUGUUGCACUUUGACUUUUAAGAGCAGAUCCAAAAAACACAAACGUUUAUUUACAAAUGUGGUCCCAGGUUUGUGUUUUUCACAGUUUUUAAAAAGGAGGUUUUAUUUGUGUAACUUGUGCAGUUACAUAACGACGUGUGAACUGGACAGACUCUGCACAGGCGACACGUGGAAAUAUCACAAUGUUCCAAAUGAAGGUAAAAAGUGGAGUAUUGAAUAAAAGAGUAAAGUACAGCUGUACACAUCUUAAACUCUGCUGUCCUCGGGGCCCCUAAGCAGCUGAGCCUGAAAUAUGUUUAUAAACUUUCAAAAUACUAAUAAUAAUGCAAACUGUUUAAUGACCCGAGCUUUGGAAAGUAGAUGCCACUGCUCUGUUUAUUUUAAUACAUCUACGUUCUACUUAGAAAACUUUAAAGUUCAUUACACGUGC